AUUUUUUGGGUGCGGUUUUUUCUCUUACUUUUUGAUUACACUACUCAAGUCAUGUCCUCUUCACUCAUUGCCAGAUCAGCAGUUCUCUGCCGUUCUACAUUAAUCAGACCUGCUUGUGCUUCUACUAUUCGCUUCUCUUCUACUCAAACCAAGGAUGUUCAACACUUGGAAAACCAACCUGUUCUCAGUGUUGAUAACCUUUCCGGCGCUCCUGAUGAUUUAUUAGAGCGUACUGUUCGUAUCCUUAAGCCUUCUCGUACACCUGCUCAACAAGGCAAGAACGGCACCAGACUCUGGCGUAUCGAAUUUGAUAUCUUGGAAGAUGGUAACCGUUGGGAAAACCCUCUUAUGGGUUGGGCUUCUAGUUCUGAUUACCAACAAGGCUUGACCAUGAAGUUCCUUUCUAAAGAAGAUGCUAUUCGAUUUGCCGAAAAGCAAGGCUGGCACUAUUAUGUUCAAGAGCCCAAGACUAAGAAAUUUGUCAAGAAGGCUUACGCUGACAACUACUUAUAUUCACCCAAUAAGCUAAGAUUAUUCAAGACCAAAUAAGCUAGA